AAGACAGACAAGAUGGCGCAACCCCAGAUGGAGCUGUACCCCAUCAGGAUGCCCAACUACUUUAGGGACUGGACGUACUACACGCACAACGAGGGCAUCUACGUCCAGACGCUCCAGAAGGGCUACCGCUACUGCCAGCUCCCGGUCGAGUUCCGCGCGCGCUUCACCAACCCCCGGUGCGUCGUGUACAGGGGCCAGUACAUGCCGUGGCCCGAGGCCGCGCUCGACGUCACCAUCAUCCUGUUCAGCGUGGGGAUAGCCGUGCUGGCGCUCGUCAUCAUCCCGACCUACCACGGCUGGUGGCCCAAGAUCCUGCUGCGCAUCGGCUGCCUGAAGCGCGUCCCCGUCCCGCGCCGCGCCUGGGCGGGCAGCAACGCCGACGACAUCCCCAUGACGCGGCCGGCCUCGGACGGGCUGGCCGGCAUCCGCGGCGAGCUGGAGCCGCGCCCUUACGACGACCAGGCGUACGUGGACCUGAACCGCCAGAGGGCGCGCUGGGUCAACCAGCCUCAGCGCACCAAGCUGGUGUGGAACCCCAAGCUGAAGUGGCCCGCAAUCAAGGCGGGCAUGCGGGAAUGGGCGCUGGGUAUGGAGCAGCUCCGGCGCCGCGUCACAAGACAGAGUGGCAAUGAUGAUGGUGAAAGUCGAGUCUAAGCUGAAAG